GCGUUGCGUCAUACUCGUACUCCGUAGUAUUUGCAAUUGGCAAUACGAGACUAGUGGUUCUUGCUAGUCUGGCCAUUUUUUGUAGUUUAGCAGGAAAACACGUAUUGGAGCAUAGUGAAGACGCCAAAUAUGAGUAGAGGAAGAGUGGGAAAGCCUUCCCACCCCGGUAACUCCAACUCUGAUGUAUGUAGCGAAGAAAGUCUGAACAUCAGCGAAAGCAGUGAUUUAAACUCCUUGCCUUCUUGUUCAUCGAGGAUACCGACGCGAAGUAGAAUGCACUACAGAAGAAGUUCUAAUGCAAACCAUAGUGAAUUAGGCAAAGCCGGGAUAAGACUAAAGGAUAUGACUCAUAUGAGUUUAAAAUCUGAUGCUACAGUUAGUCGUCAAGGCGAACUUUCUGAGACGUCGGAUGAUGAUCAUGAAGCGUCUCGGGCUCGUGAUAAAUUCAUCAUUCAUGACACUGAAUCUCAUGAUGAAUUAUCAAAACGACGGCGAAGACCAAAGUUUGUACAAGAAAAAAGAUCAAGAGGUGGAGGGACGAUCCAUACAAAUUCCAGAGAUUACAGAGAUCAGGCACCUGGUCUAAGUAGUGAUGCAGUCCUUGAUUCAAUGAUGCAGGAGGAAUUCAAACGUGGCUGGGUGCAGGGAAGAGAAUCUGACGUGGCAAGAGCCCAAAAGCAAAUGCAAGACCUUCAUUUUUCUGAUAGCUAUAAUCGAUCUGUACAGUUCCAGUUCAAUGUUAAUGCCCAACCAAACAAGGGAACACAAGUAAAUUUGUCUCAUCGAUGUCAGAUGGGCUGUCAAAAUGAGAUUACUGAUUGUCGCCGCACAAUAGCUCAACUUGAAAGUGAGCUUCACAUUUUGGGAGAAAAGUUUCACAAUAAAGAGGUGCAAAAUGAGAGGUUGAAAGAAAAUAAAGACGUUUUAGAGCAAGAAAUUUGUUUUUUAGAAGACAAAAUUACUAUUCAGGCAAAUGCUGCAAUUGAACAGGUGAAGGAGAGUCUUAAUGAAAAAAUUGCAUCUUUAACAAAGAAAAAUGACAUCUUGGCUAAAAAAAUAGCUGAUCUCAUGCAAAUGAAUGAGACUUUAGAAGAGGACAAUGUUCAACUGGUUCAACUCAAACAAAAGGAUGAAAAAAUGCUGGGAAUUUUGGAUCAUUUGGCGGCAAAUGGCCAUUCUUUGGACGAGCAAAAUGGUGCACUCAGACAAAAGGUUGAGCAGCUAGAGGCAGAUUUAAAGCAAGCGGAAGAUGAACGUGAUAGAGCACUUGCUGGCCAAGAAAUUGCACGUGAUGAAUGUGAUAGAGCACUUGCUGACCGAGAAAUGGCACGUGAUGAACGCGAUAGUGCACUUCAGGAUCGCGAUGCUCUAGCUGAACGUCAAGAUCAAAUGCAGAAUUUCCUCUGUUUUAUGAUUUUCCUGAGUUUUGGCCUUUACGGAGCACUUCAGACCUUCCGGGCUCGGGCGCAGGAGCAUGAAGCUCUUCAAGAUCAGCUGAGGGAUAUCAUGGAUGACUUGCACCCAGUAGCCGGGCCUCAGCCAAACAAUGCACCGAAUGUACAUGGAGUUCAAGAUAUAGGAGAUAUCUUCGACCAAACUAUCCAUUUACUCUAUUUCGAGGCCGAUGUCCACGUUCCAGAUUGAGUGAUUACAGAGACGCAUGGCACUGGUUGUGCUUCGGUGUGAACUGAUGUGAACACGUGUUUGGGUACAGUCGUCGCUUUUUUUUUCCCUACGUAGUUAGUGUCAGUUGUCAGACGUUGUUCUCAGAUUUGUCAGCAUCUGGUAAUUUUCUAUGGGGAGAUUUAGUCUUGCUCUCGACCGCUGUCCUUGAUCGCGUUCACUUUUCAUUCUGGAGUACUGCUAUUGCAGUGAUCAAUGUUCAAUGGCUUUAUAAUUUCUUUUUUACUCAUUGUCCCCGAAUCUUUGCACGAACGUCGCCAUUCAGGGAGGUAUAUAUGAGCAUGACCUUGAAAUAAUUUGCUGAUAAACUUAUUUCAGAAAAACACUGCUUUUAUCCCGCUUCUUUCGUUUCUUUAUUUGAUUUUAUCUGAACUUAAUAUUCAGUAUGGAAUUUUAUACUUAUAUUUGACAAAUUCGUUAUAUAUAUAGUCACGAUAUAAAAUUAAUCAUGUCUCUUCCACCUCUCUAUGUCUAGCGACGCCACUGGCACUGAUUCUUCCUUGUAUACUUACUAUUCUCCAGUCUCGUUCCCCAGCCUGUCCGCCAUUUCCUCUGGCGAUGAAAUCGGGGGCUCGGGGAGAGAUUGACUAUUCUCGUAUAAAAGACGUUGCACCGGGAGCGCCCUGCUCUCCACUUUCUUCAACUGAUCUGAGAUCAUGACGUCAUGAGGUGCCUCGACCAAACUGAACUAUCAUGCGCCUGGAGUCAUUUGUCCCCGUUUUUCCCACCUAUAAUAUAACGGGCGAUAAAUUUUGCAGUGCUGAAGUCAUAUGAAAUGCGAGGAAUGAUAAUUCAGUUUUGUCGAGGGUCUGCCUACUGAUUAUCUGAUUUUUAACUCAGAUCAGUUUGAUAUACGUUUAGCACAGCGGCCAGUUUGCAGUUGUUUAUAAAACGGGUAACUCAAAAUAGUCGCAAAUCUUUAAUGUUAAGAUCAAUCACUUGUUUAUAAAAUCAAAUUUAAUUCACGAGUAUUUUCUGGAUCAAUAAAAGUCUUAUUGUGUAAAGUUUUGAAACCUACAGAAGCACAUUGACCAAAACGUUUUGAACAACUGCUUGGCCCUUGCUAGAGUUUAAACUAGCAUUUAUACGUACCUUCUAGUAUUUUAGAAAUUUACACAUAAAUUUGUGUGUUGUUUUGUCAUUGUAGAAAUAGCUUUUAGAAUAUGGUGCUGUUCACUUAAUUUUAAAUAGUUUUGUCCAUAGGCGUACGAUGCAGAGGAGGAAAGAGGCAGUGCCUUUUCUCCCUUUCCGCAGAUAAAACAGAAAUGGUGGUAAAAAUUUGGCAUAUUGUACUCGCCAGUCGGGCAAUUUUUGCUAAAAAGCCAGGUUUGCAGAAAAAAAAUUAGCCUAUAAAAUGUGACAAAUCACGUUUUCUAGUCAAAUUUUAUCCUCUCUACUAGCUGGCUCGUGAGGCAGGUAUUCUGCUCUCCCCCCAUAAACAAUGUUAAAUCCGUACGCCUAUGACUAUAAUCUUAACCAGUAGCUUGAAUUGAAUUCAGGUUGGCGCCUGUUUGAAGGCGUUUAAUUCACUCGCGGUGCGGUGUUGAUUUGGUUUAAUUCGCGCUGAGCGCGAUCGUUCUUGUAUUCAUUACAAUUUAGGAAUUAAGUAUUUGUUAAAUAGAUAACUUUUCAGUAACUCGUCGUUUGUCAACUAGUUUUUCUGAGCAUGAUAGCUGCACAUAAGGAUUUUUCCUAAUUCUUUCAAUUAAUGUAGCGACAUGUUGA